UCAUGGCCUCGCCGGGCGCCCUGCCCUGCUUAAAAACCUCGGCCCUUAAUUCGCUCGCACCGGUUACUACUGCUCCUGCUUCCUCGCACCACCCCUCUCCCUCCCUCUCCCUGCCAGAGCAGGAAGAAAGAUUGGCAGGCAGCAGCAGUUCAUAGACCAAGGAGCGGGCCGGCGAAGACCGGAGGAGAGAGAGAGAGAGAGACGGCGAGCGCCAGCAUCAGCAAGUGUAACUGUCGCCGUGGAAUAGGGAUAGAGAUAGAAAGAGAGAGACGGGCUGGCCGGAAGGGGAGGGAGAGGGAUAAGCGCAAGCGCUAGCAAGGAAAGGAAACCAGGUGGAAGCUAGCGGAGGUGGGGGGGAAAUGGCGUGAGGCAUGGCUGGAUCCAAGGUUUCACGAGACCCUUCCUAUUCUGCUUCUGCAUCGCUCGUCUCGAGUUGGAAGGCGGCCACCACCCCGGCGCUGUCUUGCCCGGCCUGCUCAUCGUCGUGUAUAAAUAGGAGCAGGGGGCCAGGCCACCCAAGGCACUACUGCAGCAGCACAGCACAGAGAUCUCUCCUCCUCCUCCUCCUUCGCCUACACCUGUAGAGCGAGGAGGGAGAGCGAGCAAGAGGGAGAAGAGAAGGUUGGUAGUAGUAGUAGUAGGUGGGUCGCUAGCUAGCCUCCGGCGGCAAUGGAUUUCGGCGACGAACCUGAGGGCUCCGACAGCCAGCGCCAGCGGAAGCGCUACCACCGCCACACCCCGCGCCAGAUUCAGCAGCUCGAAGCGAUGUUCAAGGAGUGCCCGCACCCCGACGAGAACCAGCGCGCCGCGCUCAGCCGGGAGCUCGGCCUGGAGCCACGCCAGAUCAAGUUCUGGUUCCAGAACCGCCGCACCCAGAUGAAGGCGCAGCACGAGCGCGCGGACAACUGCUUCCUCCGCGCGGAGAACGACAAGAUCCGGUGCGAGAACAUCACCAUGCGCGAGGCGCUCAAGAACGUCAUCUGCCCCAACUGCGGCGGCCCGCCGGUCGCCGAGGACUUCUUCGACGAGCAGAAGCUGCGCAUGGAGAACGCCCGCCUGAAAGAAGAGCUGGACCGGGUGUCGAGCAUCACGUCCAAGUACCUCGGCCGGCCGUUCACGCAGAUGCCGCCGGUGCCGACCAUGUCCAUGUCGUCGCUGGACCUGUCCAUGGGCGGGAUGCCCGGGCAGCAGGGCCACCUCGGCGGGCCGCCGUCGCUGGACCUCGACCUCCUCAGCGGCUGCUCGUCCGGGAUGCCGUACCAGAUGCCGGCGCCCGUGACGGAGAUGGAGCGCCCCAUGAUGGUGGACAUGGCGACGCGCGCCAUGGACGAGCUCAUCCGGCUCGCCCAGGCCGGCGACCAAAUCUGGGUCAAGGGCAUGCCCGGGGACGCCAGGGAGAUGCUCAACGUCGCCACCUACGACAGCCUCUUCUCCAAGCCCGGCGUCGCGUUCCGCCCGCCGGACAUGAACGUCGAGGGGUCCAGGGACUCGGGCCUCGUCUUCAUGAGCGCCGUCGCGCUCGUCGACGUCUUCAUGGACACCAACAAGUGGAUGGAGUUCUUCCCCGGCAUCGUGUCCAAGGCGCAGACCGUCGAUGUCCUCGUGAACGGCUUGGGCGGGAGGAGCGAGUCCUUGAUCAUGAUGUACGAGGAGCUGCACAUCAUGACGCCGGUCGUCCCGACUCGCGAGCUGAGCUUCCUCCGCUACUGCAAGCAGAUCGAGCAAGGUCUGUGGGCCAUCGCCGACGUCUCCCUGGACGGGCAGCGCGACGCCCACUACGGCAUGCCGUCCCGCUCCCGUCGCAUGCCGUCGGGGUGCCUCAUCGCCGACAUGUCAAAUGGCUACUCCAAGGUGACCUGGGUCGAACACAUGGAGAUCGAGCAGAUGCUCCCGAUCAACGUCCUCUACCGCAACCUCGUGCUGAGCGGCGCCGCGUUCGGGGCGCACCGCUGGCUCGCCGCGCUGCAGCGUGCGUGCGAGCGGUUCGCGUCCGUGGCCACCCUCGGCGUGCCGCACCACGACAUCGCCGGAGUGACGCCGGAGGGGAAGCGGAGCAUGAUGAAGCUGUCGCAGCGGAUGGUGGGCAGCUUCUGCGCGAGCCUGAGCUCGUCGCCGCUGCAGCGGUGGACGCUGCUCUCCGGCACCACGGACGUGAGCGUCCGAGUGUCCACGCACCGCAGCACCGACUCCGGCGGCCAGCCCAACGGCGUCGUCCUCAGCGCCGCCACCUCCAUCUGGCUGCCCGUCCCCGGCGACCACGUGUUCGCCUUCGUCCGCGACGAGAACGCGCGCUCCCAGUGGGACGUCCUGUCGCACGGCAAUCAGGUUCAGGAGGUGUCGCGCAUCCCCAACGGCUCCAACCCCGGCAACUGCAUCUCCCUGCUGAGAGGGCUCAACGCGAACCAGAACAGCAUGCUGAUCCUCCAGGAGAGCUGCACGGACGCGUCGGGGGCGCUGGUGGUGUACUCGCCGAUCGACAUCCCGGCGGCGAACGUGGUGAUGAGCGGCGAGGACCCGUCGGGCAUCCCGCUCCUGCCGUCGGGCUUCGCCAUCCUCCCCGACGGACGCCCGGGGUCCGGCGCGGGCGCGUCCAGCAGCGUCGUCCUCCCGCUCGCGUCGCAGCCGGGCUGCGUGGUCACCGUCGCGUUCCAGAUCCUCGUCAGCAACCUGCCGUCGUCCAGGCUCAACGCCGAGUCCGUCGCCACCGUCAACAGCCUCAUCGGCACCACCGUCCAGCAGAUCAAGGCCGCGCUCAACUGCGCCGGCCCUUGAUCGACUCGUCCCGCCGCCGCCGCCGCCUCGCCUCACUCCCGCCAGCCACCCUCCGCCGCCAUAGUGACUGAGGAGAGUUGGUUGGCCCGUUGAAUGCUCGCAUUCAUGGAGUCCACCUGCCGCUGCUCCCGAAGCUGACGCAACUCUCUCACUCUCCAUCAACCUAGCAUCCAUGAUCCAUCACCACCACCACCACCACCACCACCAUAACAGCUUUUCUUCCUUUAGAUUCAGUGUCGUUUUCCUUUGCUUAAAAUUCGCAGGAUUCGCCAAGUUUUCCCUUUUUUUUCCCCUUGUUUCUUCCUUAGGCAUUCGUUCGUGCGCCAAAGAUCCAUCGAAGGGUUUAUAAGACUGAGGGAGUCAAGAACGCACCAUGCUACCUUGUCCCUUUCCUCUCGCUGCAGCCAUUUUUUCUCCUCGCCACCACCACAGUUGCUUCUUCCUUUUCCCUUGGAGUAAAACUUGCAUGCCCAUCCUUGUCAUGUCGCCAUUGUCGUUGGUGCCGCAGCAGAGGAUGAAUGGUUCGGGUAUUGACUUCUCUCCAUUAAUGUAAAGCCUUCAAUGAACAUUCAUUUCGAUUAUAAAUGGAAAGAAAAAAAACAAGUUCUGGUAAAAA